UGUGCUAGUUUUCUUCCAGUCUCCUUUCUGUGUGUUCUAACGCAUGCUGCACUCUCCCGUUAACCAAAGGAUAAGCAAAGCCCUUUGGGCAGCUAAAGGGAGGAGGCAGCCAGCCCCAAAUCUUGCAGUGCUUUCAGGGUUAGCCCCCCACCCCCACCCCACCCCUGCAGCCUCAGAGUCCAGGUGAAGAUGUAGUGCCACACACAACAAGAUGAUGGACUUAGAAGCCAUCGAUCCUCCUGUGUCUGGGGCAGGAGCAGCAGCCUUUGGUUGGGUGUCAGCGGCUCUCUUAAGUCUUAAAUCUGUUCCAAAGGCCAGAUUGGUAUGGGGGCCCAACUUAGGGGGCGCCGCCGGUUUCCUUAAGCCCAGCAGCUGUCAGGAAGAAAAUGCGAGGGUAGCAACGUGCGGGCACCGAGCUGCGCUCACUUUAGGCGCCUGAGAAACGUCAGGUGCCAGGAACCAGCCUGGGCCCCGGUUCCCAGCACCAGAGAUCAGCCCACGCCCACACCCCGCGCACGCACCCCAUGACUGCCGGGAGCUCUGACCGGUCUCUUCCUCCCUUCUCCCCCGCCCCUGCCAGUGUGACCUUUUCCCCGGCCUCCCCCGCGCCGGGCACAGUGAAUGGUUCCCGCUUGGCUGUACCCCUGUCACCGAGAUGGUCUCUCCCUGCCGCCAGCCCCACACAUUCCUCGCACGCGCGCGCAGGGCGCCCCUGUACCCCACGAUUGUCACGUCUGCUCCCCUGCACCACAAUCCAUCUCCGCGGCCCCGCAAGCUGUAGCUUUGCUUCAAAACCUUCCGAUCCACACCCAUCUCCACCUUCUUGCGCGCUUCGGAGACCCCCAGCCGGAGGAAGGCUGCGCCACCGGCAGGAGAGGACCGCGCGCGCACCGAGCACACCGGUGGGUUCAUUUGCGUAAAUGCGCGGACUGGCGUCCUGACUGGGUUUCGAUGCAAAAUUGUGGAUCCAGAACAGCACCAAACUCAUUUCAGGCUCUGGGCCAGAUGUGUAACAACUGGAUCUGAAGAUGGCAGCCAGGUUACUCUGGGGCAGCCUCAGCCUACUGCGAGUGCUAUGGUGCCUCCUCCCUCAGACAGGCUACGUGCAUCCAGAUGAGUUCUUCCAGUCACCUGAGGUCAUGGCAGAGGACAUCCUGGGAGUUCAGGCCACACGGCCCUGGGAGUUUUACCCCAGCAGCUCCUGCCGCACAGUGGUCUUCCCACUGCUGACCUCAGGCUCUGCCUUCUGGUUGCUCAGACUCUGGGAAAACCUGGGGCCAUGGCCUGGCCCAGUGAGUGGCUAUGUGCUGCUGGUGGGGCCCCGGCUCCUCCUCACUGCCCUCUCCUUUGCCCUGGAUGGAGCUGUGUACCAUCUAGCCCCUCUGUGGGGGGCAGAUCGCUGGAACGCCCUGGCCCUGCUGUCUGGCUCCUAUGUCACCCUGGUUUUUUACACAAGGACCUUCUCCAAUGCCAUCGAAGGACUGCUCUUCACAUGGCUGCUGGUCCUGGUGUCCCCUCAUGUGUCAUGGAGUCCCAGGCCCGACAAACAUGCCCCAGGGCCACGGUGGCACAGCUGGCUUCUUGGGGCCAUUGUAGCUGCUGGCUUCUUCAACCGGCCCACCUUUCUGGCCUUUGCUCUGGUCCCCCUCGUCCUCUGGGGUGUUCGUGGAACCAUGGUCCCUGGCUUCAAGGCACUGACCCGAGAGGCACUGGCACUGCUCCCUGGGGUGGCCCUCACUGCAGUGGUGUUUGUGGUCUCAGACAGCUGGUACUUCUCUAGCCUCUCUAGAUCUAGUAGCCUUGUCCUUACACCUGUCAACUUCUUGCACUACAACCUGGACCCUCAAAACCUUGCAAAGCAUGGCACCCACGUGCGGCUCACUCACCUGGCAGUCAAUGGCUUUCUGCUUUUUGGUGUGCUGCAUGCUGAGGCACUGCAGGCUGCAUGGCAAGAGCUGCAAGUAGGCCUCCGGGCCUUUGCACAAAUGGGCCUCCAGAGGAUGCCAGGUGCCCAGGGUUGGCUGUGGAGCCCCAGGUCUUAUCUUCUUCUCCUCUACUUCAUGCCACUGGCCCUGCUGUCUGCCUUUAGCCACCAGGAGGCGCGGUUCCUGAUCCCCCUCAUCGUGCCCCUAGUCCUGCUCUGUAGUCCACGAAUCCGACCUGUGCCCUGGAAGGGUACCCUGGUCCUCUCCAAUGCCCUGGGUGCCCUCUUCUUUGGCUGCCUGCAUCAGGGGGGCCUGGUACCAGGCCUAAAGUACUUGGAGCAGGUGGUCCACACACCUAGGCUCUCAAGCGUGCCUACCCACUACACACUCCUCUUCUCUCACACCUACAUGCCCCCUCAGCACCUUCUCCACCUUCCUGGUCUCCAUUCACCUGUGGAGGUGGUGGAUAUGGGUGGGACUGAGGACUGGGUCCUGUGUCAAAUGCUGAACAACCUCACCAAACAACCCUCCUGCCAGAUAGCCGGUGGGCCGUGGCUCUGCCGCUUCUUCGUGGUGACCCCUGGGACCACAAGGCAUGCCGUGGAGAAAUGCAGCUUUCCCCUCAAGAAUGAAACACGCAUGUUUCCCCACUUGACCCUGGAGGACCCACCAGCCCUAUCCUCCCUGCUGAGUGGGGCUUGGAGGGACUACCUUAGUCUUCACAUCAUGGAACUGGAGAAGACAUCUGAAAACAUGACAGAGCAGCUGCAGCCCAAGAUCCAGCCAUAGGAAGAGUCACUUCACCUUCACAGGCAUCUGGGCUGGAACACUGCAACAGGGCCCUGGUUCUCCUUCAGGAUUCCCACUGUCUCCUCUCUGGGCACAGCCAUUGAUGGUUUUGCUUUCUGAGUGAGCUCCUUUCCCUCGACACCAAAGAUCUAACUAGUCAGUCCCAAUGCCAAGCUUCCCAAAGAAUUCCAAUAUAACCCAUGGGACCCACGUCUGUUCCUGUUCUAUUCCUUUUGGCCACUGUAAUGUUUCAAAUGUAUAAUAGCACCUGGUUGUAAAAGACAAUGAACUGCUAAUGACAUUCCCAAAUGA